AUGCGUUCCGUCUCCGUGUGUGUUGCCACGCCGCAAGUCAUUCCGGGCCAGCGCGGAAGUCCCGCUGUGUUGACGCCCAACUGGACUGGAUCUCAGGGUGUGCAUGUUUCCACCGGCAGUGGUCUGGAUGAGGACACGGAGAAGGCGCUGAGGGAUGCCGUUGCCGGCGAUGAACUCUCAGGUCCCUACCUCGUGGAGCUACCACAUGAGAGCAUAACCAUCGAGGAUUACGCUAGGCCCCUAUACCGCAAGGAUAUAUUCUUU